GGUGGGCUGCUGGGCUCCGUUCUUUUGAUGUCUCCAUGUGGGACGUAUUUAAGAGCACAUCAAGCAUAUCAAUGCUCAAACGUAUCUCGCUAUUUCAGGUAGCCUUCUCCAACGGUGUGGCUGCACUUUAAUUAAAGAGCCGACAUUCGCCAUGCACAACCAGUCUCAGAUUCCCGGGACUACCGCCCUUCACGGCUCUACGUUUGGCGCUGACUACGAACUCAUGCCUUGUCCGCCCCCAGACCGGGGCCGGCGGCUGUCCUGCCCCACAGGCCCCAACCUCCCCUCAAACUACAAUAUGUCCGUCUCGGGCCCGGAUCUCACAACUUCCCACCACUACACCCCCGUUGGCCGAUCUGUGGCGCCGGCAAUGAGCCCCUCCUGGGACAUGUGCGGCUUUCCCUCGUCUUACGCUGCAACCCGUGACGAAGCAGCCGGUGCCACAGCCUCGUCCCUGGGAUCAGCAGCCUCCGUCGGGGGUCUCAGAUACGCCCAGAUCCGAGAACAUGUCAACGAUGGUGACUCGAGCGAGCUAGGUUCUGAGCACGGCAACGGUCGAAGAAGCCAGGACACAGAGGACCGUUACUAUCUACACAGCGACGAUGAGCAAGGCGAGGACGGAGGCAGGACAGCCAACGGCCCGCUGAACUGUCCAUACCGCAAGAGAAACAAGGAGCGCUUCAAUAUUCGCGAUCACGUCAAGUGCACCAAUCCGUUCAAGGAAUUUGCUCAUCUCAAGUCACACAUCAAAACUUGCCACAAGAGACAGAGACCACUUAUCCAACACGAAGGCCAAGUCGAGGGUGAUGUCGAGGAUGGCAUUACGGAGGAUAUCGACAACCUACUUGUCGCAAGGAAGAACCGCCACAAGGUGUCCAACUGGGAAGUUUUGUGGAAGACCCUGUUUCCGCUUGACACUAAAGUCCCCUCGCCAGGUAUGCAUGGACUUCCAACCCUACCAAGGAUCCGAGGUUAACCUUGGACCGCCGCUCACUAGUGUACGAACCCUGCAUCAAGGCCGCAGCAGACGAGUUCCCGGCCAUCGCAAAGAAAGCAAUCAACGCAGACGGCCAUG